GUUUAGCUCUGGGGAGAGUCAAACUGGAUUCCAUAGGGAAAGCCUGCAAAUCACUUCUAUUUUAGCAAAGAGAAAACAGAAUCUCCAUCCAGCAGGGUCCACCCCUCUCUCUUUCUCCCUCUCCUCUCUUUCUAUCUUUUCCCUCCCCCUCCUCUCCCUCUCUCCCCUCCCCCCACCCUCUCUGGUGUCUCUGUCUACGGCGACCAGCGUCCUCCUCUGCACGCACUCAAAGGAAAGAAACAUCUUUGGUUGGGAGAGAAGGAGGAAAAAAAAAAGAGAGAGAGAGAGGAAAAAACUUGCCUGGUUGUGGAAAAUGACACUUGAAGUAGCAAAGCCGGCAGCGCGAGUUGAGUCUAUUGUUUCUUAAAUUGCCAUCAGGUUUUUUUUCUUCCUGCUUCUUCAAGUGAAGGUACCGCUACAAAAGGCAACUCGGCCCCUCCUGUCCUGCACCGGCCUGUGACCACUACAAAAAAAAAAAAAAAAAAAAAGCGCAAAAAAAAAAAAAAAACAACACUCAAACCAAAAUCAACCAACCAAACAACCCCCAACAGCCAAGCAUACAUCUCUAAUUUUUUUAUUUUGGUCUUUUCGUUGGAUUUUCCCUUUUUUCUUUUUUUUUCUCUCCUUUUUUUUCUAGUUAUCGCUCAGUUUUGAGCGAAGGUUUACAUUUUUAAAAAAUUUGCUUUCCAGCCCGCCUUGAUCUUCUAACGCGAGUUCAUCUUCUCCAAAAAAAAUCUGGUUGGCGUUUUUCUUUUCCUUUUUUUUUUUUUUUUAAUAUUUUCAAGGGGGAGGAGAUUUUCCACAAGAAAAGGUUGUUUUCAUGUUUGGGAUUCAGGAAAGCAUCCAACGGAGUGGAAGCAGCAUGAAGGAAGAGCCGCUGGGCAGCGGCAUGAACGCGGUGCGGACGUGGAUGCAGGGCGCCGGGGUGCUGGACGCCAACACGGCGGCGCAGAGCGGGGUGGGUCUGGCCCGGGCUCACUUUGAGAAGCAGCCGCCCUCCAAUCUGAGGAAAUCCAACUUCUUCCACUUCGUCCUGGCCCUCUACGACAGACAGGGCCAGCCCGUGGAGAUCGAGAGGACAGCCUUUGUGGGGUUCGUGGAGAAGGAAAAAGAAGCCAACAGCGAAAAGACCAAUAACGGGAUUCACUACCGGCUCCAGCUCCUCUACAGCAAUGGGAUAAGGACGGAGCAGGACUUCUACGUGCGCCUCAUUGACUCCAUGACAAACAA